AAUUAUAGAGAAUUGGUCGUAAGUUUUGUUAGAGAAGAAAAAAAGAAGAAGAAAAUGGCGUCUUUGAUUCUGAUUAUGUCACUAAUGUUUCUCUUAUUUACCACAUUCUACCACUUUGGUGAGGCUAGGAUCAUUGCUGUGGGUGGAUCAUUGGACGCAUGGAAGGUUCCAGAAUCAACCAACCACACUCUUAACCAUUGGGCUGAGACCGUCCGGUUCCAAGUCGGAGACUAUCUCUUGUUUAAAUACGAUGCCAAGAUCGAUUCGGUGGUACAAGUGACAAAAGAAAACUACGAAAAAUGCAACAUGGAUAAGCCUUUGAAAGAACACAAAGACGGAUACACAACAGUGAAACUUGAUGUCUCAGGUCCUUACUUCUUCAUAAGUGGAGCUUUGACCUCUAACUGUGCUAAAGGUGAGAAACUAACUGUCGUGGUUCAGUCACCUAACCACCCGCCAACGCCAAAGCAAGGACCAGGCGCUGUUACACCCACUUUAUCCCCAAAGCCAUCUACUUCUCCGGCUGCUCCAGUGCCUGCUCCACCUACCCCUUCUCCAAAGUCAUCUACUUCUACGGCUCCUGCGCCAGCUCCGGCCAAAAGCCAUGCAGUUGGGUUUGUUGCUGGAAAUGGCAUCUUCUGGGCCUCGACUCUUGUUUCUGUCUUUGGGCUUGUUUUCGCUUAA